CACUCUGAAUAUUUAUUUUGCAAAACUUGCUUUUUUAUUCCAGAUAGCAGGAAAUUAGGCACAUAGAAACAUGUCUGGGAAGCCUAAGCUGCACUACUUCAAUGGACGAGGCCGAAUGGAACCAAUACGGUGGCUACUAGCAGCAGCCGGGGUUGAGUUUGAAGAAUGUUUUAUAGAAAAAAAGGAUGAUCUGCUUAAAUUGCGAAAGGAUGGAUCCCUGCUAUUUCAGCAAGUUCCAAUGGUGGAGAUUGAUGGAAUGAAGUUAGCACAGACCAGAGCUAUCCUCAACUACAUAGCAGGGAAAUACAAUCUCUAUGGGAAGGACCUGAAGGAGAGAGCCCUAAUUGAUAUGUAUGCAGAAGGAAUGAUGGAUCUGAAUGAGUUACUCAUGUCUUACCCUUUCCAACCAGCGGAUAAAAAGGAGCAACAUCUUGCUAAUGCUUUGGACAAGACCACAAACAGAUACUUCCCAGUCUUUGAGAAGGUUUUGAAAGACCAUGGACAAGACUUUCUUGUUGGCAACCAGUUUAGCAAGGCAGAUGUGCAAUUACUUGAAAUCCUUUUAAUGGCAGAAGAGUACAAGCCUGAUAUACUUGCCAAAUUUCCGCUCUUGCAGGUAAUAGAACAGUGCUGUUUUGGUUUUGUUUUGCAGAAAUUUAAAGCAAGAGUAAGUAACAUCCCCACCAUAAAGAAAUUCCUACAGCCUGGCAGCCAGAGGAAACCAUUACCAGAAGAAAAAGAUGUACAAAAAGCAUGGAAAAUUUUCCAUUAAGCAUCAAUCUAAACCUGCAGAAACUCUGUGUCAUUCCCUUUGUGUUUGCUGACAGUGGCAAAGUGAAAUUAAUGAAAAUAGUGAAAAGGGGGUUGAUUUCUUUUUCCUUAGCUACAGGACUAGUUUUAGCCUA